CAUCCACCGUUGCUUGUUGCUUUGGCCUUGCUUUAUUCGGGCUUUGGGUGGAUCGAUGUGCACCUUUGGCCGGUCGUUGCUGCGGGUGAAAAAUACCUAACCGAAACGAAUCGAAAUACCACGGAACGGCACGACAUGGAACUGAACGGGAAUAUGUGCCAUGGGACGGAACAGACGGGUCGCACGGACAUCGCCAUCGCCCGGGUGGAGCAGGUGACACCUUUCCCCUUCGACAAGGUCGCCAAGCAGAUCAAGCGCUACUCCAACGCGGAGGUGUGCUGGGCCCAGGAGGAGCCGAAGAACAUGGGCGCUUGGAGCUUCGUUCGGCCGUGCAUCAAGACCUCGACCCGCAAGCUCAACAACAUGGAGAGGAAGCCGCGCUACAUCGGCAGGCCCACCGCUGCUGCUCCGGCAACGGGCCACAGCAAGCUGCACGCCAAGGAGCUCAAGGACAUCCUGGUCGAGGCCAUCCACGAAUAAACCGACCGACUGACCGUCCACGGCACGCCGUGGUAAAAAUCCGGCUCGACGACCCCGGAAGUAUUCUUUUCCCUGGACAAAUCAACGGUGCACAACGGUAUUCCUACCCAUUUCGCCCCCCCGGCGUUGCUGCAUCCGUCUCCUACCGCGCCACAUUUUUAUAGAGCUUUCCUUGUCCAGCGCACGAGGGUUGGUUGGCGGGGGGGCGAGUCCCGAGCAAACACGAGCGUCGUUCGACGGCAACCGUUCAGAAACGGGGAUGGUUGGCAUCAGCCCGAACGCGCGUGCAGGGUUGGUGGCCGCGCGUGCAUGCGUGUGACUCUGGCGGGCACGUGUGCACCCGUAGGUCAGUGCUGCUGUUUUUCGUGGGGUCGUUUGUGAUAUUUUGGUUCAUCUCCCUCCACCCGGGGUACCUACGGGUUCCCGGUGUUGUGUGGGCCAUGCGGCAUCAUCAGCCGGUUUCCGAGAUAUUGUGGAAGUAGAAUAUGUUGCCCGUGCCGCUGACGUUCGAAUGCCUUUUCAACCGGACGGAAAGCUUGGGACGUAUCCAGUGCGGGAUGCAGGACGACGUGGAACGGGAACCGGACAAAAUUUGGAUGGGCCGGGAUAAUCAUUGGCGUGACUUUCUCCGUUCAGGAUGUAUGCGCCGGAGUUUUUUUUUGGUUGCUCCAUGGAGAUAUUUCCUGUACACGUGGGAGACUCUUAAGGUCUCUGAUGGAGAUGUUUCCAUAUUUCCUUUACAGGUGGGAAACAUAAAGGUCUGUGAUGUUCGGCGGGUAGAAGAUGAUGUCCCCGUUCCGGUGCUUGUUUACCCUGUGCCGUCCGUGGCAGUUUGUCAUGAGAUUUUUGUCAGUGAAACGGGAUGGUGUGCCGUACGGUCUGCCGAGUUGUGCGAAGAAAGGGUUCGAGUGCAACCAAUAAAACAUCCUUGAGAGUCGUGCAAAAGAACAGUGCAGUGUUUCGGGUCACUUUACCUCCGACACGACCCGGUGGUUGAUGCCGCCUGCCCUGGGCACCAGUUUUUUUUGUCAUCUGUCGUUUCUUUUUGUAAUCUGGCACCUGAUCUUGAUCUUUCAAGGAAGGCGUGCUGGCCACAGCCCGUCCCUUGCCGGUAUUUCCAGGCGAUCUACGGGGAUACCGAUGCCCACAACCCGCUUUUGUGUGUGCUUCGUUGGUUAAGAUGGAUUGCGCUC